AUGAAUAGUGAGAGAGGAGGAAAUUACAAGAAAAAGGAUGUGAUUGCAGGAAGUUAUACUAUAAAAGUGAAAUGUCCAUUUAUGCUGAGAUCUGUGUCAAGUGGAAGAGGUUGGAAGGUUACAGUUAUGUGUGAGUUUCACAAUCAUAUACUUUCUAAGAACUUAGAUGGGAAUGACGUAUUAGAUCGUUUAAAAGAUCAUGAAAGAAAUUUUGUGAAUGACAUGACCAAAUGUAAUAUGACUCCUAGAUACACAGUUGUUGCUUUGAAAAAUAGAGAUCUAGAAAAUCUAACGAGUGUUACCAAUGUCUACAAGGCAAGAUCUACAUUCCAGACGAGCAAGAGAGGUUAUCAAAUACAAGGAGAGCCUAUUCCGUUAGAAUUGAUACAUGUGUUUUGGAAGAAAUUAUUCAUUGAAGAGCAUAAGUACAUUGAUGACAUUAUUAAUGUGGAAGAUGAUGGAAAUUAUGGUUUUCGGGCUAUUGCAACUUUACUUGGGAGUGCGUUGUGGGUAGCUAACUUGGGUGUGCAAGGUUGUGAGAAGUGGAUGACGAUUUCUGAUAUAAGUUACCCUAUAGCUUCUAGAUAG